UGAUUGAUGCUUGUGACGCUCAAAUUGAGCGCACGAGCCAGUCUACUGGACGGACGGACUUUCUUAAGUGGAUCAAAGAUUACUGUAAAAAGCUUCUCAGUCCUAAACUCAGACACUUCAGCCGUAAAAAAGAGGGAGAGGGCAGUCCUUAACGGGAGACACGGGGAGAGCCCUCCAGCGCUGCACGAGACUUACAGCAGCACCGUUAAAGGUUAAAGGAGCACUGUAGGGAAAUAGCACUAUGCAAAUGGAUCAGACGUACGGGGAGGUGAAUCAGCUCGGCGGGGUGUUUGUGAACGGUCGGCCUCUUCCUAACGCGAUCCGGGUCCGGAUCGUCGAACUGGCGCAGCUCGGGAUCAGGCCUUGCGACAUAAGCCGACAGCUCCGGGUCUCUCAUGGCUGUGUGAGCAAAAUUCUGGCCAGGUACAACGAGACCGGCUCCAUUUUACCGGGUGCUAUCGGUGGGAGUAAACCCCGGGUCACGACGCCAAACGUGGUGAAGAGCAUACGGGAUUACAAACAGGGCGAUCCUGGAAUAUUCGCUUGGGAAAUACGCGACAGACUGCUGGCCGACGGAGUGUGUGACAAAUAUAACGUCCCCUCUGUGAGCUCCAUCAGUCGCAUUUUGAGAAACAAGAUUGGGAACCUGUCUCAGCCGAGUCAGUACGACAGUAAACCCUCUCCUCCGCAGAUCUCGUAUAAUCCCAUGUAUCCGUAUUCAUACCAGAACGCCAUGUCUCCAACCGGCUCCAAACUCGGCAGUCCUCCGGCUGUGUCUGUCAGCCUGUCCCGGGCCUGGCCCUCCGUUCACACCGUCAGCAACAUUUUGGGAAUACGGGCUUUCAUGGACCCCGCAGCUCUUGCUGGAACAGAGAGUUACCAGCAGAAAAUGGAGGACUGGACGGGCGUUAACAGACCUUCAUUUCCUUCCGUUCACGGAGUCAACGGGAUCGACAAACCUCCAAUAGAAAGUGACAUUAAGUACACACAGGGUUCAUCAAAUUUAUCGGCGUAUGUUCCUGCGUGCGCAUACUCCGCCACUAAUCAGUACGGCGUUUACGGUGGACACGCCGGUAACUACGGGCACUGGCAGUCUCAGGGCGCGAGCCUCACCCAUCCAAACACCGGGACCAUGAUACAGAGCCCUAUGCACACCGCCAUAUCAUUCAAAAACCCGCCCAGAGAAGCAGAAAGAAAGAGUCCUCUGAGCAAACAGCAGCAUGAGGGUCUGAACGGCGUUCAUGGACUCUCAGAGUCAUAAGAACACAAAGACCACCUGAGAAAAAUAACUCUCAUCUGUUCAUCCUUCAUGUGCAGCUUCAAGUAGUCACUCAGCAGUAAGUUCUGGAUAAAACACACCUGAAUGUUUCACACCAUUAUAGAAAAGUGGGAUCUGGAGCUGUGGAAAUACCACAGAGGAUUUCUGCAAUAUUUGCAGUAGAUUUUUUUUCUAGUUCUUUGGUGCAAAUAAAUUUAGCGUCAGGCUGUUGUUAUAAAUGGGCUGCAAUUUGUUUGAAUAUUUUCUUGUUAGCAAAACAACAUUGUUAGAGGGGAUAUGAAAUUAAACUGUCCAUGUCAUUGCAUUUUCUUGUCUGUUUGAUUAUGAAUGGCAUAUUGAGUAAUACUCAUCUAUUUUUAUCAUUUCAAUUUCUGCUUAAUAAAGGCAUGUCAAAAGUCUUC